AUGGCUCGACCCGCUCCAGAAUCAUUAGAUCAGUUUCCAGCCUAUGGCAUUUGGGUGCAUCAGGUUGCGCUUUAUGCUGAGGUAGAGAAGAAGAGGUUAAUGGGUCUCAAACCGUUCGACAGCGUUGGCUGCAGAGCAGCUCGUGCAGUACUGAUUCGCGAUCUUGCAGAGCCCAGGAAGCAAAGAAAGAGGUACGUUAAGGUUUUUGAAGUGAUUCAUAAGGAAGUUUUCGAACAAUCUGGCAAGGAACGAGAAAAUGCACGAUUUGGCUCCGAUGACGUCAUAACUAACCUUUUUGUAAACGAAAAUAAAACACCAGCAACAUUCAUGGAUCCCGCUGAGCUAAUCGAAAAGCCUUAUGCGUAUUUCCGCCCAACAAAUCCUUCCAAGAAGCGCCACAAGCGCCACGUAAGCAGAAUUUUGUUGUGGUUGUAAGG